AUGACUCUUCAAAAAUGGCCAGCCAGCAAUUCCAGCGACUCCAACGAUUCCAGAUGGUCCGCUCCUCUCAAUCACGUCAUCGACGAUCUUCUGAUGACGGCUCUUGAAGGACGCGACACUUGGGAAGGUUUCAACCUGGAGUCUUUUCUCUCCGACGGAUCCCCUUCCUCAGACUCCCUGAGUGUCCUCACAAUGUUCACCUUAUUCCCAAAGCUUGCUCCUGAGCUCCGCCUUAAGAUCUGGGCCCAAGCGUAUGCUGAUCUCAAAGGUCGAAGGAUGGCGAUCCUCCCGCCUCUUGUCAAGGUUCCGUCGCUGCUUCAGGUCUGCUACGAGUCUCGCAAGAUGGGUCUGGGUAUCUACACGAGACAGAAGCACGAGAGUAUCAAUUAUAUGCCCUCUUUUGUUACAAUCAUCGACUUCGAGAAGGAUACUAUCGACUUGAGCGCUCGAGGAAAGUUCAUAAAUCCAAACCCAUCAGCUUCGUGCACCGACACAUAUCUGUACAAGGCGCGUGCGGCAACGUAUCCACUCCGGUGGAAGAAUAAUUUGUUGAUGUACACGAUUUAUCACUAUCCAGAGCUAUGCAAGUACGUCAAGCGCCUCACACUUCGUAGCUGCUAUCUGUCAUGGCUUUCAAGAUUCGGUCUGUGCAACAUUCUCAACCCCGAGCUCUCAGUUGAGGAGUUCUUCAAGACACAUUUCCCUGCUCUCGAGACAGUCGCCAUGAUUUCUAGUGGAGUGGCAGAGAAUCCGGAGGGUCUUGAUGGACUGAGCGAUCUUGAGGUUUCAAAUAGACAACUGGUGGAUAUUACAAUGUAUCGCGUUCUGCAGGGUAUGGGAAAGAAAGGAGGCUUCAAGUUCACAAGAAGGUUGGACCACACAAUUCCUGACCGUUAG